AUGGAUUCGAACGAGAAGCUGCCUUUCUUCUUCCGGUCGACGACCUCCGCCGCCGAGCGCAAGCAGCACAUUGGCGACUCCGCGGCCAUGAGCCGGAAAGGAGUCGUCGCCGCAACUUCUUACAUGGCCACUGCAGUUCUCCUGUUUAUGUUCAACAAAGCAGCUCUUUCUACCUACGGCUUCCCUUAUGCAAACGUGAUCACCCUUUUUCAGAUGAUAUGCUCGUGCAUUUUUCUCUAUGCAAUGAAGUACUGGAAGGUUAUUUCUUUUACCGCUACUGAAGUGUCAAGCUCGACUGUUAACCCUGCAGCCUUUGUACCCCUGAAGACGUUGGCUCACACUACUCCUCUAGCAUUUUCCUACUUGCUUUACAUGCUGGUUACCAUGGAAUCUGUGCGUGGCAUCAACGUACCUAUGUAUACCACCCUCAGAAGGACAACAGUGGCCUUCACAAUGGUAGUGGAGUAUCUUCUGACAGGGAAGAAACAUUCUUUGCCUGUUCUUGGCAGUGUGGGGAUAAUCAUACUUGGAGCAUUCGUUGCUGGAGCUCGUGACUUGUCAUUUGAUGCCUACAGCUAUUGCGUCGUCUUCGUUGCAAAUAUCUGCACAGCAAUCUAUCUUGCUUCUAUUGCUCGGAUUGGAAAAUCUAGUGGCCUCAAUAGCUUUGGCCUCAUGUGGUGCAAUGGAGUUAUAUGUUUGCCAGCAUUGCUAGUCUGGACAUCAGUGAGCGGAGAUUUGGGAUCACUAAGGAGCUUUCCCUAUCUAUUAUUUCCAGGAUUUCAGGCGGUGAUGUUGCUUUCCUGUAUCCUGGCUUUCCUGAUUAACUACUUCGUGUUCUUGAACACAGCAGUUAAUUCGGCAGUGACACAAUCAAUCUGCGGAAAUUUGAAGGAUCUUUUCACUAUCGGACUGGGAUGGAUGUUGUUCGGCGGCCUUCCCUUUGAUUUGAUGAAUAUAUUGGGACAGUUUAUGGGUUUCCUUGGAUCGUGUUUCUACGCCUACUGUAAACUCCAGGGUAAAUAA